GCCACGGACAACGGACGCUGGUGGCGAGCGCGGGACCCCCGUCGUGGACCCCAUGGGCGCGGUGCAGGCGGCCAUCACAGCCUCCCAGGACUUCCUCACGAAGCAGCUGGACGCCAAGCUGGCCACGGUUAAGGCAGAGGUCAUCGCGAACUUCGGAGAGCAGCUCAAGGGCCCGCUGGCGGCGGUCGUGGCCCAACAAGCCACCCAGAUCGCACAGUUCAGAGGCGACAUCAGCGAGCUCCAGACCUCGGCGCAGCGCCUCGAGGAGGCCAACAAGCAGAUCCGAGAGCAGCUCGCUGACAUGCGCAAGCAGCUCCAUAUGCAGGAGGCCCAGGUCCCCAUCAAAGACUACGAGGGACUGCUGGAGUGGGACCGAGACGCCGACACCAGCAUCAUUGUGGGCACCGCUGCCGAGAAUUUCACUGCUGAGAAGCUCAAGGAGAGCAUCCAGCCCAUCAUGGACAGUUGCGAGAUGGAGCCUGGUCAAUGGUCUGUCCAAGGGAAAAGUCCUGCACGCCGAUUCGUGGUUCAGUUCUCGGGUCAGGCCAGUGCGGCCGCGCGCAAAGUUCGCGCCUUCUAUGCCAAACUCAAGCAAGUGGACGGCUCCUGGCUCCAGACGGAGGUGGCCAACGCACACGGGCAGAACUCGCGGCUCUACCUCGGCCUGGACAGAUCAGCGAAGUCGGCAAGAUGUGAGUUCCAGUCCAAGAAGCUCGCGCAGUUUGGUCGUGAGCUUGCCCCCGACAAACGUUGGAGGGCAGAUCGCCAGCAAGGUGUCAUCUAUUGUAACAACAUGCCCGUGGUCCCGGUGGUGGUCGGUGCCACGCGAGAGACUCCCUCCCGCCUGCUCUUCAACUACGACGGGUGCUCCACGCACUCCAUCAACAGGGACGCCAUCAAGCAGAGCUUCGAAGAGUUCUUCAGGAAGUACACGGGUCACAUCAUGAAUUUCAGCAUGCAGUCCACCUCGCGCACAUUGAGGACGCUGACAGAGUCCGAGGCGGCUCAAGGCGCUCUUCCGAUCAUGGUGGUCAACUACAACGUUCACAACUUCAGGCUGACAGCGCAGGAGGUCGACAAGGUCACGCGCUCCAUCCGCGCCGAGGUGAUCACCGCCUCGCAGCAGCCCGAGCGCAUCACGAUCAUCGUCAUGGGUGACUUCAACUUCAUGGGUGAGCUGGCUUGGGAGCCGGUGCUGACGAACAUGACGGAGGUGGACCCUGAGAUUCCUACACACUACACGGAGCAAUCACAGCAGUGCACGCGGAUUGACAAGAUUUAUGUCAGCACCCCACCAUGGAUGCUAUUGCAGUGGUGCGCGCGAGCAGAUGUCCCGCUGGCCCCCGAAGUACUAUAUGACCGAGGCAUUUCUGACCACGCCCCUGUCCACCUCCGCUUCGCCCACCGGCAGCAGGAGGAGAACGGACAGCUCCAGCCCAUCCCAAAGUGCAUCUUCGAGCACCCUCUCUUCGAGCACUACCUGGGCAUCCUGAUGGAAUCCUCGCCCUGGCAGCCCUACGUCCCCUUCGCGCAACUUCGAGAGCUCAAACGUCUCCAGCGCGAAGCGGCCCGUCUCACUCGCAGUGACCUCGCCAAUUCCCGCGCUCCGUGCACGGCGGCGGCUCUUACGACUUGCAUAUCGAUACCACGAGCAGUUUGGAGGGGCGACGUGAAGGCCGCGCGCGCCCUCAUAGAGCGCACGGAGCUGGGCGCCACAUUCUUGGACCUCUCGGAUGCGCCCAAUGUCACCCUGAAGAACCCACUGGAGUUUAGCAGGAAGUUUGAUGAACUCCAGCAACAAUACCGAGAUGAACGACUGGAGGCUAUUCACUCGCAGGAGAAAGCAUCUGACACCCCCGCUCGGGAACGUCAGCGACUACGUAAGAUGCAGAGGGCGAUCACACGGAGUGGCAAGCUGUGGGCCCCUUCUGGCAAGGUUCUGAAGCUCAAAGCCAUUGAAGUGCUGCGCGACAACUCCAAGACGUCCAACCCUGAUGAGAUGAUUGCGGAGCUGCAGAAACAGUGGGCGCUAGUAUUUCAGCCGAAGCCGAGCCACACCCAGCCCGUCGUCCGCUACCUGAAGAAGCACGCCCAGAAGUUCGACUGCUCUGACAUGGACAUCCCCACGAUUGGCAAGAUGAAGCACCUCACCG